CAUGCUCGGCAGUGCGGGCGGCAGAGCGGGCGGCGGCGACCUGGAGACCCCCGAGGGAUGGAAGCGCCGGCGCCGGCGGAGGCGGCGGGAUGCGAGGAGCUCGAUAUGGAUGUGAUGAGGCCCUUAAUAAACGAGCAGAAUUUCGAUGGGACGUCAGACGAGGAGCAGGAACAUACGCUCCUGCCUGUGCAGAAGCACUACCAGCUGGAUGGGCAGCAUGGGAUUUCAUUCAUGCAGACUCUGAUGCAUCUGCUUAAGGGGAACAUCGGGACCGGCCUUUUGGGGCUCCCCUUGGCAAUCAAGAAUGCCGGCAUUGUGCUUGGCCCAAUCAGCCUUGUGUUUAUAGGAAUUAUUUCCGUCCACUGUAUGCACAUAUUGGUACGUUGCAGUCACUUUCUAUGUCAGAGGUUUAAGAAGUCAACGUUGGGGUACAGUGACACUGUGAGUUUUGCCAUGGAGGCCAGCCCAUGGAGUUUCCUUCAGAGGCAGGCAGCGUGGGGCCGGAACGUGGUUGACUUCUUUCUGGUGAUAACACAGCUGGGAUUCUGCAGCGUCUAUAUCGUCUUCUUAGCUGAAAAUGUGAAACAGGUUCAUGAAGGACUCCUGGAGAGCACAGCGUUGGUUUCCAACAGCACAGAUCCAUCUCAGGCAUGUGAGAGAAGAAGUGUGGACCUCAGGGUCUAUAUGCUCUGCUUUCUCCCGUUUAUAAUUCUCUUGGUCUUCAUUCGUGAGCUGAAGAAUCUCUUCAUACUUUCGUUCCUUGCCAACAUGUCCAUGGCUGCCAGUCUUGUGAUAAUUUACCAGUAUGUUGUUAGAAACAUGCCAGAUCCCCACAACCUUCCAAUUGUGGCUGGUUGGAAGAAAUACCCACUGUUUUUUGGUACUGCUGUGUUUGCUUUUGAAGGCAUAGGAGUGGUGCUUCCGCUGGAAAACCAGAUGAAGGAGUCUAAACGCUUUCCUCAGGCGCUGAACAUCGGCAUGGCGAUUGUCACAGUCCUGUACGUCAGCCUGGCCACUCUUGGCUACAUGUGCUUCCGUGAUGAAAUCAAAGGCAGCAUUACACUGAAUCUUCCCCAGGACAUGUGGUUGUAUCAGUCAGUGAAAAUUCUGUAUUCCUUUGGCAUUUUCGUGACCUAUUCAAUUCAGUUCUAUGUUCCAGCAGAGAUCAUUAUCCCUGGAGUCACUGCCAGACUUCAUGCCAAAUGGAAGCGCAUCUGUGAAUUUGGGAUACGGUCCUUCUUGGUUAGUAUCACUUGUGCUGGGGCGGUUCUCAUUCCUCGCCUAGACAUCGUGAUCUCCUUUGUUGGGGCUGUAAGCAGCAGUACGCUGGCCCUGAUCCUGCCCCCCAUCGUGGAAAUCCUUACAUUUUCUAAGGAACACUACAACAUAUGGAUGAUCCUGAAAAACAUUUCCAUAGCAUUCACUGGAGUCGUUGGCUUCUUGUUGGGCACGUAUGUCACUGUUGAAGAAAUUAUUUAUCCAACUACAGUAGCUGGUACCCCACAGAGUCUCUCUCUGAAUGUGAACUCUACAUGCUUAGCACCUGGUUUGAAAUAGUGGAAGAUCUGUGAGCCUUCUGUUAUCAUCCCAAUUCUAACAGCAAUUAAGAACCAGUACAGUGUAUUGCCAUACACCUAAACAUAGUGCCAAACUCUUGUUUUUGUUGGCACAGUAUUGUAAUUGGAUUGUGAACUGGUCAUAUUUUGCAGCUGUGGCAAAU